GUUCGUUCCCCAAGGCACCGGUCUUCUCUCGCCAUCACUCCUUCCCCGGCCCUUCGCUCUGCCCCGCUUCUCUCGAUCUCAAUUUCGUUCCCUGCAAUGUUGCGCUUCCUUGCUUCGAGACUGCGUAGCACGUCAGAUUGCGAGUUCGGGGCGCUAGGGAAAUCGAUCGCCGGGGCACUGGCUGUUGGGGGAUCGGGUCUUGGUCUUUGGCUGCUUCCCUCGUCCUCGUCCUACCCCGAUUCUUCUGUAUCCUUCGCCGAUUCGGAUUUUGAGCGGGGUAAACCUGAUAUUGGAAUGACUUCAAAUGAUGCCGAGAGGGGAAAGAAAAGAAGAUAUUUGUUCGCAGAUUCGUAUCGUCGAAAGGUAUUUUUCAAAUAUGAGAAACGGAUAAGGCUGCAAAGCUCUCCUGAAAAGAUUUUUGAGUACUUUGCCUCAUCUAAGAACCCAGAAGGAGAAAUAUGUAUGACACCUGCUGAUUUGAUGAGAUCAGUUGUUCCUGUUUUUCCUCCGUCAGAGUCUGAUAUUGUGAGAGAAGGAUAUCUAAAAGGAGAGCAUCAUCCUGGGGAAUUGCAUUGUUCUCCAUCUAAAUUUUUUAUGCUUUUUGAUACUAACAACGAUGGACUUAUUUCCUUCCCGGAGUACAUAUUUUUUGUGACAUUGCUGAGCAUUCCUGAAUCAAGCUUCAGCAUUGCUUUCAAAAUGUUUGAUCUUGACAACAAUGGAGAGAUAGAAAGAGAAGAGUUCAAGAAAGUGAUGGCAUUGAUGCGCUCUAACAACAGACAAGGGGCUUCUCAUAAAAAUGGAUUACGUAUUGGUCUAAAAGUUGGUGGUUCUAUAGAGGAUGGAGGUCUGGUUGAGUACUUCUUUGGCAAAGAUGGGAAAGGGUCUCUCCCACAUGAUAAAUUUGUUCAAUUUCUUAGUAAUUUGCACGACGAGAUUGUGCGCCUAGAGUUCACACAUUAUGACUUUCAUUCAAGAGGGUCUAUAUCUGCAAAAGACUUUGCAUUAUCAAUGGUUGCUUCAGCAGACAUGAACGAUAUAAACAAGUUACUAGAAAGAGUGGAUGAAUUGAACAAUUGCCCUUCUCUUAGAGAUAUCUGCAUUAGCUUUGAGGAGUUUAAGGCAUUUGCUGAGUUGCGUAGAAGAUUGAGACCGUUGGCAAUAGCAAUCUUUAGCUAUGGGAAAGUAAUUGGCUUGUUGACAAAGCAAGACUUCAUAAGGGCAGCAUCCCAUGUCUGUGGAAUCACAUUAACUCAAAAUGUGGUCGAUAUCAUAUUCCACGUGUUCGACACAAAUGAAGAUGGGAACUUGAGCUCGGAGGAGUUCUUAAGAGCCUUGCAGCGUCAAGAAACUGAGAUCCAAUUGCCUAGAGAAGCGGGCAUCAUGGGGCAUUUGUUGUGCAUGUUAAAUUGCAGUAGACGCUGCUCCUCGCCUCGAGUAUUCUAACUGGUAACAACUUCAGACUCUAAUUAUAGACACAAGGAUUUAACGUCCAAAGUGGCCACAUUUUUUGCUGUGGAGCAAGCAUUUGGACAAUGUUAAGUAAAUUCAUAAUUGUCCUUAGUUUCAAAUUGUAGCAACAUAUAGAGGAUGCAUAUGUUCGUUUGACUGUCACAAGAGCGAACUUUUUGAUCUCCACUAUUUAUUAAAAGAAGACCCCUAUUAAUUUGAUGUU